GUUAUUCACAAACGAGAAAGUGGCAAUCGGGUUGAUAGAUUCCAGUUUAUCGAUAAAGCAUAACGCGGACGUGCCGUGACCGACCAGUGACCAAAUGACGGACAACGACGUCAUCUUUAAGUGCCGUCACCGGGAAAGCGCGUCAUCGAGGACGGAUCGUCUCAUCGCUCCGAACAUAUUUGCCCCCCCCUUCGCCCGCUCGCCCCUCUGUCGGGAUCUGCGGAUGGGUCGGGCGCCAACAUGGGAACCGGAGGAGCGAGGAGGCCGCAACUAAAGAAACGGGCAAGUGCGUCUCCCCGAUUCCCAGCCGCGGCGAACGCAUCGCAUUCCGAGCGCCAGCGUCGCCGUCCGUCGCGCAUGCGCAGUGAGCAUCUCCGGGAUGGGUCUCGUCGAGCGAAUCAAGAUGGCGACUCUGGCAAAAGCGCCAGCGCGCUUAGCCGAGUAGAUGAGCCCAAUUGGCCACCCGAGCGGCUUUCGUGGCGCCCCGGCGGGGCUUUGGCGGAGCAUGAGGCUUUGGAGACGGGAUUGAGCGAGACCGAGGAGCGCUAACGACGAUGUGCGAGAGCUAUGGCCGCUCGCUACUGCGUGUGUCGGUGGCGCAGAUCUGCCAGGCUCUGGGCUGGGACGCCGUUCAGCUAACCGCCUGCGACCUGCUGGCCGACGUGCUGCAGCGCUACAUCCAGCAGAUGGGCCGAGUGUGCCAUCGCUACUCGGAGCUGUACGGGCGGACGGAUCCGGUGCUGGACGACGUGAGUCAGGCGUUCAGGCUGCUGGGGGUGAGUCUGAGCGAACUGGACGACUAUGUCAGCAACCUGGAACCCGUGGCCUUCCCCCAACGGUUGCCCUCCUUCCCCGUCAGCAAGAACAAUGUCCUGCAGUUCCCCCAGCCCGGCGCGCUCCUCGCCGAAGAGCGCAAAGACUAUAUUCCCGAUUAUAUGCCGCCUCUGGUCUCUUUACAUGAAGAAGAGGAGGAGGAGGAGGUCCUUCCCGACACGGGCACCUCGGCCGAGGCUAUGCAGGUGGCCAUGGAGGAGGACGAGGAGGUCUUCGAGGACGACGAGACGGUCAAUGACGAGAACCACCCGCUCAAGAGGCCCCUGGACAGUCCCGACGAGGCCCUGGGCAUGAUGCCCACAUCCAAGCGGCCGCGGCUGCUCCCCGGCCUCAGCCCGGAGUGGGGCCCCGAGCCCCGGGAGCCCCUCACCUCCCUCAACCCUCAGCGGGUGCCUCCCCCGGGCACGCUGCCGCCUCACGACACCCUCGACCCGCCGUCGCCCGAAACCCCGCCGGGAGCCCCGGCGUCCUUCAGACCUCAGCCUUCCAUAUCAAAGUACCCAGACCCAAAGACCCUCACCGCCCCUACGAAAAAGCCCAAAGUCUCAUCGCCUGGGAGACAAAGAACUAAGUCCCCGAAAGUGCUCAUCCCUUCCUCGGGGGGUGGCAGUCCCAUUCAUUCUCCCCCUAAAACUUCCAAGGAGAGGAAGAAAUCACCAGGCAGGACAAAGAGUCCCAAAAGUCCCAAGAGCCCGAAGGCGGCGGCGGCGGCGGCCAAACCCCCUCAGCCGCCGAGCAAGGCGGACGGCGUUCACAAGCUGCCCUUGUCCGUGCUCAGCGAGCGCAUGGGCAAGGAGAACAUCCACGUGCGGCACAACGUGGACGACAAGGAGCCCGAGCGGGGCCCGUUCCUCAAAGCCGAGCCCGGCAACGGCGCCAUCGAGGACUCCAUCAGCGCCGUGAUCGCCAAGGCCCGCUCCGAGCGCGACCCCGACCCCGACCCCUUCGCCUUCUCCUCGGGCUCCGACUCGGACAGCAACGGCUUCUCCGGUCCCAGGAGGCUGACCAUCAUGGAGCCGGCGGCGCCCAAAGCCCCGCCCGGCGCCGGCCUCCCCGUGUCCGCGCCGCUCCACCUGCAGCUGGGCCCGGGAAAGUGGACCUUGGACGACUCCAUCAACGAGGUGAUCCGCAAGGUCCACCGGGGCGGGCCCUCGGCUCAGCCGCCCGACCGCGAGGAGUACGUCUCGUCCGGGUCGGCCUCGCCUCCUACGCCCGAGCCCCUGCUCAAGAUUUUCGAGGAGAAGUCCAAGUUGUCGGCGCUGGACGUGAAGAAGAAGCUGAAAAAGGAGCUGAAGACCAAGCUGAAGAAGAAGGAGAAGCCCAAAGACAAGGAUCGCGACAAGGACAGGAACAAGCUGAAGGACAAGGACAAGAACAAGGAGAAGAACAAGAACAAGGACCUGUCCAAGGACGGGAAGAUUCUCUGGAAGGAGUUUGGCGCGAAGGAGGACGAGCUCGCGGGCCAGCGGGACUUUGCGCCGCCGGAGGGUUCCGUCAAGAGCAAAGCCCGGGACGGGGAGGGCGGCGCCGUCGCCGUCAAGAAAGACAAGGACAAGCACAAAGACAAGAAGAAGGACAAGGAGAAGGGCAAGAAGGACAAGGAGAAGAAAGACAAGGGCAAAGACAAAGACAAGGGCAAGGACAGCAGGCAGAGGCAAGCCGCCCUGGCGCCCGUCGCCCCGGGCGAGGCGCCCGCCCUGUUCGGGCCCGCUUCCUGCCAGCGGCUGCCCCCCUUGCUGCCCGUCCUCCAAGACGGCAAGAGCAAGGACAAGAAGAAAGACAAGAAGGAGAAGAAGAAGAAGAAGGAGAGGGAGCGAGAGAAGGCCAAGGAGAAGGAGCGCGAAAAGGAGGAGAAGAGGAAGGAGAAGGAGAAGCGCGAGAAGGAAAAGGAGAAAGAGAAGGAGAAGGAGAGACUCAGAUUGGAGAAGGUGAAGGCAGAGCCGCCGGCGGUGGCGCCCUCCCCGGUCAUUCCCAGACUGACGCUGCGAGUGGGGGGCCAGGACAAAAUUGUUAUCAGCAAGGUGGUUCCCAACUCCGAAGCAAAACUUCCGCCCCCCAAGACCCCCGCCGUCAAGUCGACGCCCGCCGUUCGUCCCCGGUCGCCCCCGCCGCCUCCCGUCCUGUCGCCGGUCCUCCCGUGCGCUCCGGGGCCCCCCUCGCCGCCGCCGGCGCUGCCCCCGCCUCCCGCGCUGCCGCUGUCGUCCGCGGGGCCCCCCGUGGGCCCCGCCGCCUCCUUCAAGACGCCCGUACGCAGCGUGGUCACCGAGACGGUCAGCACGUACGUGAUCCGAGACGAGUGGGGAAACCAGAUCUGGAUCUGUCCCGGAUGCGACAAGCCGGACGACGGCAGCCCCAUGAUCGGAUGCGACGACUGUGACGACUGGUAUCACUGGCUUUGCGUGGGAAUCCUGACGGCGCCCCCCGCAGACCAGCAAUGGUUUUGUGUCAAAUGUUCCAGCAAGAAGAAGGACAAAAAACACAAGAAGAAGAAACACAAACCGCAUUGAGUCUAUGCAAAAAGCACAUUUUUUUUUGGGCCACGAUUUUGGAAGGACUUGAAAGCCAUUGGGCACUGAAAAAAAAAAAAAAGAAGAAGAAGAAGAAAAAUAAUAAGAAGGGACAAACGAGAGCGAUGUCAGAACUUUUCAUGAAGUCGGCCCGGAUGGACGGACCACGAUUGGGGGCCCGGGGGGUGGUUUUCAGCGCCACCUGAUGAACUUGCCGCCUUUUCACCAAAACGCCCUCGUUUGCCGUUGCAGGAGAUUCGAGACCACGCGUGGGUCUUCUCCUCAUCUCCGCUUUCAAUGCACAUCAUUGAAAAUUAUGUAAACCCCAGACACACAAACCCAAUCUAUAAAUAGCAUGUAAAUACCAACUCUCAAGCCAAGUUUUUUUUUUUUUUUCACCCCCCCCCCUUAGGACACGACUUGGUGACAGCGUUUUCAGCUAUCAGUUUUUAACUCUGUAAUUUCUGUACAUUUUUUUAAAAUUCAAAGUUUGUAUUUUAUUUCACUCCCUCGGAUACCGCGUGUGAAAAGUUUGGGAUGUCGGGCGUCGGCGUAGAAGCGAAGGCCCGCAUCGCCCACCUUUUUCUGCGUUGUUUGUUUUUUGUUUUGUUUUGUUUUUUUGUUUUUUUUUUGGUCAUAUGUUGGCUGUGCUUAUGAUUGUGAUUCAUGGAAGUUUUGGACUAUUAAAAAUGAAAAGUCUGUGCGUUGGCAGACUUUAAAGACGCAAAGACUUUGACAAAUUGCA